AUGCUGCGUUUUUUUGAAGUGUCUUUCAUAUUCCCAAAUAAAGACAAGUAUGAGGGGGAGCACAAAAGGACACCCAAGGGUGCUGAAAGGAAUGGUCAUGUAGUUCACACAGGCACCAACGGAACUAUGUAUGUUGGCAGCUGGGAAUCUUUGCAGGUGAAUGGUACUGGAAGGCUAUAACAUCCUUCUGGAGCAGUUUAUGAAUCUAUGUUCAAAGACAACAUGUUCCAUGGGGCUGGAACCUACAUGCCUCCAAAUGGAGCAAAGCACAUUGGACCAUUGAAUUAAAACAGGAUGGAAGGUGAAGGAGACUUUAUAGAUGAAAAUGGGUGGAGUGGCACAUUUCAUGGCUCCACAGCAGUGGGGCUGAAGCAGAAGUUGAAAAUGUGGCUAUUUGGCACAGACAGCACUGGUUAA